AUGUCACCCAUGGAAUGGGAGACAGUUGAAGUGAAACACAUAGCAAGCUCACCAGGACAUUUCUACCUUCAUUGAUCAAGUCUCUCAAUAGUCGCUGGUAACACAGCCCAAACUGACAUGGCUCAGGAGUAAGUGGGGAACGGAAAGCAGGAAGGAAACAGCAAAAGGGAAGAAGACAAAUCUGAGGUGGAAUGGGAAACAGGCAGUGCCAAUGAAGAGGAAAAGAGUUUUUGCACUUUUGUUUCAAAGACAGGAAUUUCAAAAGACAAACUGAAGGCCCUUUUGAAAGAGAGUCCUUUGGUUACCAGGUGGCAGGAAGCAAACUGUAAGUCAAGUUUGAGUCUGCCUCAGAAUUUGGCAGUGAAGAAUGGUAAGGGGAAACCAGCCACUGAUUCAAAAGCAUACACCAUCAUCCCAGACUGCCAAAUUGACAGAAACCAAGUGAGGCUUGCUAACAAUGAGCCACCAGCUCAUGUUGUAGAACCUCCAAACAUCCAAAACCAAGAGAAUGCCAACAUCCAACCUUCAGCCUCGAUAUCAUCAGCUUAUGAUGGUGGGCUGGCAUUAAAGACCAAAUCUUGUGUUCACAUGAUUCUGGAAAACUGCCUGGAGACCAACAGUGACAACCCCGUGCUUCCACGCAGGACAAAGUAUAUGAGAUACCUACGUCCAGAGGUUACUGGUGCACGUUCUGAUCCUUCCAUUUACAAUGACAACAUUGUCUUGAUUCCCAACAUUGCGAUCUUCAGAGCUCCCUGGGCAGAGAAAACCACGAGGGUCCCCUGUGAUUCCUGCUCUGUGACAGGUUCUCCCCUCCUGACCUUCCCGAGACAUGUGGCGAAGCUUCAUUAGGCACAGCUCUGAGCCCUUGUUUACUUGCAUGCCUUCUUCACCUGCCUGUGCACCCUCGUCCAGCCUUCCUGCUUUAAUCACCCGAAAAACCACCAUGAAAGCUUUGUGCAGGAGCUCAUCAAGGGCAUGCAAGGUGGCGGUGUCUACAUCCAGAGCUUUUCUUCCCACGGUUAUGGCCUGUUAGAAGUGACACAUUGA